GUGAAAUUGAUAUCCAACAAUUAGUUUCUACUCGUGAUUUUCUUCACGAAGCCCUCCACGAAGCUGAAAGCAAGUUAGAAAUUGCUGGCACUAUCCAAGCUUUUGAAAAAUCUUUAAUUAUGGCUGAACUAUUAAUGAGCAAUCAGGAUAAGAAAAUAAUUAUCAAAAUACUGAGUAAAUACCCUUACCAAUUUUAUGCUUAUGGCUCCCGCGUCAAAGGAACUGCUCGCAAAUUUUCGGACUUGGAUGUUUGUUAUCAGGAAGAAAUUCCUAGUUAUAAAGUAGUAGAAAUCGAAGAAGAAUUAGAAAAUUCGGACUUACCUUUCAUUGUCGAACUAGUCAACUGA